AGGCCGAGGGCCCACAGGCAGGCCGCCAGGCAUGGCCAUCAUUGCGUCGCGUCGGCCCGCGCGCUCGGCAGCAGCAGUACUCCACGGCCCGCACCAUCACCUCGGCUCGCAGUGACAUGGCUUCGCCCGCUUCGCCGCCAGGACCGCCAGGCUGAGACCGAACCCUCCCACCGUCCGCGCCAACCGCGCCGUCCGCACCUCGGACUCGAAACUAACCUAGCUGCGGCGCCUAAUUUGCGGACUGCACUUUGCUGCCGUUUUGGCAGUUGUGUUGUUGUUGUUGUUGUUUACGCACGUCAAGACAGCCAUGGCCGGCGUCCAGCACAACGCGUCCUUGCCGCACCGCGCCGCGCCCGAGGUUGCGCGCAGGCGGGGGUGCGGACUCCUCGGACUCCAGCGGCACUGCGGGCGGCGCGUCUCCAGCGGGGGCCUCUGGCACCUCCUCCAGGGUGCCGGAGCACCUCACGUACUCGGCGACGGAAGACCCGGCCGACUACAUCGACGAUAACGUGGUCGCCUCGUCCCGGUGGAUGGACACGGAGAUAGCCGUGGGCUCGAUCGUCGCCAUCCUGGUGGUGGCAGCCCUGGUGGCCGUCUGGCUCUCCUGCAGAAGAAGGAGGAGACGGGCCUCGCCGACGCCCGAGGCGACCGAGACUACGAGCACGGCAGAGCGCAUGAGAUCGACCCUGCAGGAUGUGACCGAGAUCCAGAGGAAGAUCUCCUCCAUGAAGCCCCUGCCCCUCCAGCUGUCCAACGGCAAGGACAGCAAGGACAGCAAGAACGGCAACGGGGUGUCCAACGGCAGCCCCAACAGCCCCAACAGCCCCGUGCUGCCGGUGCCGGUGGCCACCAUCGUGCUGCCGCCCUCCACGCCGAGCCCCCUGCCGAGCCCCCUGCCGGACCCCACGGUGGCCCAGGUGACGCCCUGGGAGCCGUACUUCUUGAGCGCGCCGGGGAAGCACGGCAAGCCCGGCAAGCCGGUGCGCGCGCGGCGCCGCUCCGUGUCGCUGCGCUCCGCGGACGACGACGUGGUCUCGGACGACGCCAACAGCGUGUCGUCGCGGGGGCCAUCGCCGUCGCCGUCGCUGAACCCCAACGCCACCGAGGACGGCGAGGCGACCCGCAAGCGCUCCGUCACCUUCAACGCCAUGGUGGAGGAGGUGCAGAUCCUCGUGCGCUAGGAGGUCGCGGGCGGAGCGCGUGGCGCGUAGCGCACGCAAAAACCCAAAGGGUCUCAUUCCUCUUUCAUUACUCUUUUUCUUGUAAUUAUAGAUCCGCGCUGUCGUUGCGAGCAGAGGGUGAUCGACUUUGUUUUGUCGUUCUUGGGGGGAUUGAUUACAAAAUACGAUGUACAUUUUCUUCGGGGCAAGUUUUCCUUGUACAGAGAUUUACACGUUCCCGUUGUAAGUUUAAACGCUACUUUAUUCAUAAGUGUAUUUGUAUUUUUCAAAUUUUUAAUACUGGUUUACGCUAACAAACAAUGAUGUGCUGUAAUGAUUAGUACCUCGGUUGUAUUUUAUAAGCGCUAGUGUGAAUUUACUGUCGUUUUUAGCUUUUAAGUACGUGUAUACGCCAUAGAUUAAGAAAAAAAAAUACAUUGAAUACAACUCUAAUUAUUUUUGUCAA